UAAGAAUGAGAAAAAACCCACCUCAAUUAUGCUCUUGUUUUUCCUUUUCAUGUUUUCUUGAGCAAGAAAGAGCGAGAGAAAGGGAGAGAAACCAUGGGGUUAGCUGUGGGAAGCUUAGUUUGGGUGCAGAGGAAAAAUGGGUCAUGGUGGCCUGGAAAAGUUGUGGGGCUUGAUGAAGCCGCUUGCCCUCUUAAGCAUUUGUCUCCUUCGGCUGUUAAAACACCAAUCAAACUUCUCGGCAAAGAAAAUGGUUCUGUGGAGUGGCACAAUUUGGAAACAUCCAAGCGCAUAAAAGCAUUCCGGUCUGCUGAGUUUGAUGGUUUUAUCAAGGAUGCUGAAUCAGUCCAGUCUUCUCUUGCUAUAAAGAAUGGAAAAUAUGCUCAUCGAGAAGAUGCUGUUCUUCAUGCCCUUCAACUUGAAAAACAAGAGCAGGAAAAAAGUCAUAAAACUCCAGAUAAUGUGAAGCAAGGACCUCUUUGCCGGGCUAAGAGAAGCAAAUGUGUUUACUUGCCAGUUGAAAAAGCUUCUUCUGAGAACUCAGUUCUUCAUUGUCAGUCAUCCAAGGUUAUUCCCUCUGCAUGUGUAACAGAAGACCAUUACCAAGUGUCCAGUUUAGCAGAGGAAAAAGAUUCUGCUGAGUCACGGGUAUCUGGUUUCUCUGAGAGCUGUUUCAAGGAUAAUGGACGCAGAGUCAAACAACUCACAGGCAGCUUUCAGAAUAGAAGCAAAAAGCGAAGCAUUAAUUUGCUGGAGGAGCAUCUGAGUUACACAUCCGAAUCUUCUCCUGACGCCAAGAUUGCCAGUGGUGCAGGUUCUCAGAACUUGAACUCAAAUGAACAGCCUUGCACGCACAAUUCAGGUGGAACUCCAAGCACUGUAACUAAUGGAACAAGUUUUGCAGUGUCCAGAAAACGAUCACGCAACAUACAGGAUAUAGUGCUGCUGGAUACUCCAUGUAAGGAAGAAAGAAAUUACAGAGUUGACAGCAAAUCUGCUGAACACUUGGCUUUGGAGGACAAAAGUCUCUUUUGUUCUCUUACUGGAGGCAAGUACUUGGAAGACUCUGAUAGCCUCUGCUUUAGGCCAGUCCAUGCUAACCAGCAUAAUAUGAUGGAAACAAUGUUGAUCGAUGUCAAUAUAACUGUUCAAGCUAGCUACCGGAAAGAGCAUGUCCCUCUUGUUUCUCUAAUGAGCAAAUCAAACAAGAAGGCCAUCAUAGGGUACCCUAUUGAAGUAGAAGUAUUGGAGGACAUUCCUGCAAUUUUUCUUGUUAGGAAGAAUAGUUCCGGUCAGAUGGAUGGUAAUGCUGAUAGUAGUGCCCAUCAACUAGUUUGGAGAACUUCUAAAAGGACUCCUGUGUGCUACAUCACCAACCCCCACCCUCCUGCUAGAGAUGAGAAAGGUGAACAAGCCAGCAAAACUUUUGGUGACUCAGGUCUUGAAGCAAAGACAACCAAUUUUCCCCCGGCAGAGGAGUUCUUUUUGUAUCCACCAAAAAGGAGUAACUUGUCGGAGCAGAAUGGGGACAAUCUCCAAAUUACUCGUCAAAAUUCUGAAAAAGUAAGCCUAGGCAAGCAAGGAGGUAGUCUACUGCGAGAAGCAACAUGCAUUCCUGUCGAAUUCAUAUUUACCAAGUUGCUUUCUGCAGUUGGUACAUAACAUCACAGUUUUUCCUAGUAGACUUUUCCAGUUGGUAACAGAAAAUCUUUAUGACUAACUCAAAAGCCUUUUAACUACAGAGGGUAGGCUAAUGGAUUUGCACUCUUUAGCUAUACUCAUGUUUCAGAUGUAAUUAUCUUUGCUUACAAGAAGUGUUUUGUCUAUUUUGGAAGUGGAAAGGAGCUUAAGACUGAUCCUUUGUAAUGUCCAUCCCUAGGGAUCCAAAUUCUGUUAGGCAUUUUGAACACAGUAACUUCUUGUAACUACUAUAGAGUUAUCUUCUUAAAUUUGACUUAUAGGAAGGUAACAUGAAUUGUCCCA